AUGCACGACGAGUCCCAGGGGCAGGCUGCAGAGCGGGUACCACCAGGUCAGCCGCAAGCCGCGCUCUACGCGACCAUGGGCUUCUGGGACGACUCCCUCGCCUUUCUGGAAGACACCAUCGUCGCAUGCUACAACGCCGACCAGACGUCUUUCGCCAAGUGCAUCCGCAAGGAGAUUGCCCACGCUUGGGAUGACAGCAGUUAUAAUGUCAUGGUGUCCACUGCCGAGACCCACUUUGGCAUCAGCCUCGCCCCGGCCGAUUCUGAGGCGACGUUCCACUGGGGCAGCUACACCAUCCACGUCUGGUUACUCCCGGGUCCAGUUGGAAUUCUUGCCCUUCGGGCCAUGACGCCCAGGUGUUGGGCCGAAGUGCGGGCGCGCCAUUUGGUUCUCCGCCAGCUUGAGGGCCGCGAUGCUCCCGAGACGGCUCUUCCCCUGCCGGGCUGUGAGGUCUUGGAGCUGAGCUCCCUCUUGGCCUCGGAGGUCGGCGCAUGGCUUGGCUCUCUGGGUGCUUUCGGUUUCGAGCUGGUCUGCGAGCCUUCGACAGACGGAGUGAAGGGUGAGCGGAUCCUUGUCUGUGUGGAGACAGCUGAGGAGGCCGAGUCUUGGCGCGCGCGCCUCAACCGUGAGGCUGCGCGGAAAGGUGCCGGCUGGCUCUUCCGUGUGGAUGUGCGGAGCAAUGCGAGCGUGGAGAAGUGCUGGGCUGUUGUGGAGGAGGAGACGAAGCAACUACAUUGCUUUGCCAACCCUGUGGAUUAUGCCAGCGGGAAGCCGCCAGCGUCUUCCUAUCAGCUCCUCCGUCAAACUCUCACCUUCUUCGACGAUGCGGCCUCCCUGGGCACUGAAGUGGCCACCGCGGCGGCAAGGCUAAAGCGCCAGUCCAUCCUACCAGCUUUCGUCAUUCGGGACCAAGAGCAGCUGGACAGCACAGCCAAUUGGACUGCCUUUGGUGCGGCGACGCCCGCCACCAGGCGGUGGCUUGAGAAGCUGCAUCUUGGCGCGAGGCAGACACUCUCUGGUGCUGGAGACCUUCGGAAGAGCUACGGCGGGGCGCUGGAUUUCGAGGUACAGACCGACCGCUCCCCGCAUGUCGUGGAUGGAGGCGUCGGCACCGGUUCUUACACGUUUGCAGACGACAGCCCCGAGAAAGCGCUCUCGCCGAUCUCCCCCAAGAGUGAAGCCGCCGCACAAGCACAGCACGAGCCCACGCCGCAGCAACCCACCACACCCGAACACAACAGCAUGAAACCAACCGCGGAAACACCGCGGCCCACGGAGCCAGACCCUCACCAAGCGCAACCGCAACAACAACCACCAGACGACCCCAGCCCAGCCGACGCGAGAGAGCACCCACCGGGCACCUGGCAGAGCGCAGACACGUGGCAGAACACAGACUCCUGGCAACAACAACACUGGCAGCCACAAGGGCAAACAGGCUGGACGUACAACGCGUGGUACGACUGGCGACCAACAGCCGACAACCCCGCAGAACGCAACGAAAACCGACCCCCGCAGCCGUCGAGCGCCCACCACCGCUCGGUACCAGACAGCUACUACCCACCACCAUACACCUCACCGCAGGGGAGCCGGCAGCAGCCGGCGACCCAAACUGCAACCACGGAAGCGGCCACUACAGCCACCACAAACAACCAGGGAACGUGGCAACAACCGCACCCCCACCCACAAGCAGAGAACCAACACGGACAACCACAAGGAGCGACACCAACGCAGAACAGUCAGCAAACGCACGCCACAGCAGACACCCUCCACCAACACCAGCAUGACAACACGUGGUGGGAUGAAUGGCAGGCCUGGUGGAGGAACAGCAGGAACCCGGAGAACCAAACGAGCACGCAGUCGCCGAACCUGCACAACAUGACACCGGGACAACAAGUCCUAUACCACAUCGACCAGGCACUUGCAGAAGCCAACCCCAGCAACGGCACAGACGUGGCUGCCCACCUACACGAAUGCAAGACCAUCCUUCAAGCCGCUGGGGGCAACAUAGCAGGCAGCGCCACAGCACCAACAGGACCACACGGCAGGACACCAACCCAGCCACCGCCACCACCUACACAAGACCACGCCGGGCACCCACCGCAGGAAUACAGAGCCGAAAGCCCACACCGACACCACACACCCAGAGCCAUUGAGCUGGACGAAGCGGCCAGGCAGCUCCAGCAGGUCCUGGAAGGCGACCCGCCCACAAACACCCGGCAGCUCACACACACCCUGGCCACAGCAGUAGAGCUCAUCCGCAGGGGCAUCCACCGCAUGGGCCAAGUCACCAGGGUGGAUGACUGGCAAACAUGGGGAGGGGGGGAAGUGGCGGCACAGGCCGUCAUUGAAGCGCCCAGGUGGUCUCAGCCGCCAACCCAGGCUACCCACCCAGCAAACGUCCUAGCACUCGACAAGGGAGGGGAGGAGAGCCACGCAGACAGGCCACAACAACUACCACAGCCAGCCCAUGAGGAACGCAUCGUCCACGCACGCCGGCUGCUCGCCCAGCUGGCUCCCUUCCUGGUCCAGCAGGAAGCCAUUAUAGCCGCCCAGGCCAUGCAGGCACUGGAUGACUGGCUGUCCAGCCAAUGGGGGGAGGCAGUCUACCUCAUCAACACCCAAGCGGGGGACAUGACCCCGAACAGCCUGCCGACACCCGACACCAUCCCCUGGUGGGAAGGAGGUGGGGGAACUGGGGAGGAGGCAGAGGUUGUAAAGACAGUCUGGGCCACGGGUGAGAUAACAGCUUGGACAGUGUUGGGGAACCUUCCACCAUGUGCUGUGAGAGUUUGCGUUGGUGUCCUUCCCGCGGUCAUUCCCACUGCCAGGAUGAGGAUGUUUUCGCAUCGCGGAAUGGUGAUUUUCGCAUCCCAUUUUCGCAACCGCCAACUGGAGGCCGCGGACAUCCGCGGACACCCGCGGACAUCCCGCGGACAUAGCCCGGGAGCUCUCCGCAACUCACUGCUCCGCAAGCACGUCGGCGAGAAAAGCGAGGCUGCGAAGCCAUCCGAGCGUGCAAAGACCGACGCGGUGAAGAUGGGCAGGCAAGCCGAUGAGAGCGAGGUAGACCGCCAUGCGAGGGAUGUAACUCCCAAGACCUUCAAAAGAGUAGGUGAUCACUCCCUGAACUUCGCCCGAGGGGCUGCGGGAGCCCCGGAGCUGGCGCAGCGCCUGCAGCGACUGCGGUCCCAAGCCCAGGAUGAGCUGGCGGAGGCCGAAAGCUCGCGGCGCAGCCAGGGGGUGCUGGAGGGACGCCUGCGCGAACUUGAGGAGCGCUGGGAGCAGCAUGAAGAGGAGGCCCAUCAGCUUCAGUCGGCACAGCAGGAGCUAGCUCAUGCAUCGGAGGAUGCACGGACCAUGCAACAGACGCUCCGCCAGCGCGAGAGGGAGCAUCGGGGCCUGGAGCUGGAAGAACAUCAGCUCCAGGCGGCUGCAAUGAGACUUGAGGCACUUCGGGCUGCUCUCGAGGGAGAAGAGGCACAAUGCAGGCUCACCGAGGCAGGCUGCGUGGAGGAGCACAGGGUGGAGGAGCGUCUACACGAGGAUGCAGCAUUGCAUGAGCAGGCGCUGGAGCAGGUGCGUGGCGAGGCGCACGAAUGCGCGGCCAAGCGCUGCCAACUGCGGGAGAAGGCUCCAUCUCAGCAGAAGUCGUACUGGGAGGCAGCACCCUUUCUGACGGUGGAAGAAGACAAGUUGUGGCGCCGGCGGCAGGAACUGAAGUCCUAUCACCGACAGAUCUCCGCGUUACAGGAGCAGCACUCCCGGAAUGAGGUGCACGAGCAUGCCCGGCGACAUGCCGCAGAAAGCUUCGCGGCGUGCGAGAAGCAGGCGCAAGACUCUGAGAAGCACCAGCGAGAGCAGAGCUUGAGGGAACUCCUUAGCCUGCAGCAGCAUCUGUCAGAUGAGGAUGUGAAGAGCCGACACAAGGAGGCAAAGGCCCACACGGAAUCGGAUCCGGACUCUGAGCUCGAUGCCCUGCAAGACACGCAGCAGCGCCUGCUUGAGCAAGUCGCCUCCCUGAAGACACUGGCGGAGAGGCUCCGGCCGGCGGUGGCGACCGACAGCUUCGCAGCCACCUUGUCGGGGGCGAGCAGCCGCGUGAUUUCCCAGAUGAAGGAGGCGCUCGUGACGGACCUGGGCCUGACUGAGAAGCUACAGGCCACGAAGAAGGAGAUUGAGGACCGCCUGGACCGGGAGCGACGCUUGCGCGCGGAGCUGGAGCGGCGUCUGUCGGAGCCCGCCGAGGUGAGCGCAACCAUCGCGGAGUUCCUCCGUGCAGAGCCGCGCGCACCUGCGAAUUCAGAAGUCCCUGAAAGGGACUGA